AUGGGAAAUUGCAAUAUAAAUGAGAAGCAAGAGGAUUUGCUAGAAAGCAACAGUACUUAUACUUCCUAUACUAAGUUACCUCGAUAUCCAACUUCCAAUUUAUUGAUGCAAUAGGCAGAGGGGGAUUUGGCAAGGUGUGGAAGGUGAAAAAAAAGAAAAACAAGUUGCUUUAUGCAUUGAAAGUGAUGUCGAAGGCGAAGUACUUAAAAUUGAAUAUAUUUUGAGAAUCAUCCUGAAGAAGUCGGUUUAGUCGGUUAUAAAUGAGAGAUAAUUGUUGAGUAAUUUGAGACAUGGGUAUAUGUUAGAUUGUAAUUUUCAGAUUUUUGAUAAAUAUGCAAAGUGCUUUUCAAGAUAAGGAAUAUCUGUAUUUGGUAAUGGAUUUGUUAACAGGAGGAGAUUUGAGAUUUCAUAUAGGCCGAUUAAGAAGAUUCAAUGAAGAAUAAACAAGUAAAGUUUGAAAAUUUGAAUUAGAAUUUUUUGCUGCUUGUAUUAUAAUAGCUCUUGAAUAUUUACAUCAGAAUGGGAUACUGCAUAGAGAUUUAAAGCCUGAGAAUUUGGUUUUUGAUAGCAGUGGUAAUUGGUUUAAAUAGUAAAGUGAGGUUAUUUGAGAUUAACUGAUUUGGGUAUAGCAAGAAUAUGGAAGCCUGAGAAUUCUUCAGAUACUAGUGGAACACCAGGUUACAUGGCUCCAGAAGUUAUGUGUCGUCACAAUCACGGAAUAGCAGUUGACUAUUUUGCUCUGGGAGUUAUAGUUUACGAGUGCAUGUUAGGAAGAAGACCGUAUCUGGGAAGGAGCAGAUAAGAAAUAAGAGAACAAAUGUUAUCAAAGUAGGCAGCUAUUAAAAGACAGGAAAUACCUCCGGGAUGGAAUAUGUAGGCAGGAGAUUUUGCGAAUUAAGUAAAUAUUUUAUUUGACAAAUAGUUACUUUAAAGAAAGCCUUAGAAUCGGUUGGGUUCAAAUGGUCCUGAUGAAGUCAAGGAACAUCCAUGGUUCAAAGAUUUUAAUUGGCAAAAGUUGGAGAACAAAUUUAUGGUUGCUCCAUUUAUUCCAAAUGUAAUCUGUGCAUAUAAUUUACUAAGUGCGACGAGGAUAACUACUUACCAUCAGAUGGCAGAAAGGAUUCAGACGACUCCCUUAGUUAAGAACAAUAACUAUUGUUAAGACGUAACUCAAUAUAAGGUAUGUUGUAAUUAAACUACUAAGAUUUAUUUAAUGGGUAUGAUUAUGAUAGUAGUCAAUAACAAUCUUCAUAGAAUAAUCUUAUGAUUGUUUCAAGCUAAUCAUCAACCAGAUUGAGUAAGCCUCCUACUUCCUCAAGCACUCCUAAAUCUUUUAAAUUAUGA